AUGGAUACUAUGAAUGCAUUUGAGGAGUUGAUACCUGAAGAAUCCGUGCAAGAUAAAAUCACACAGCAAUUUAGUAUUUAUAGGAAUGUUGAACAACUUUUUGGAAAAAACAUGGCCAUUAGACAAAGAAAGACGAAGUCACCAGUUGAAUGGUGGAAGCAAUAUGGUCAUUCCACUCCAGAUUUACAAAAGUUUGCCAUCAAGAUUCAUACCAAAAAGAGGAACAAACUAACCUUGAAGCGUCUCAAUGAUCUAGUCUUCAUUAAGUACAAUAGAACAUUGAGGCGUCGUUACAACGCUCGCAAUGUAAUUGAUCCAAUUAGUUUGGACAACAUCGAUGAUGCUAAUGAAUGGCUAACUGGAGUCCCGGAAGAUCAUGCAGAUGAAGAAGUAUUUGAGGACACUUCUGAUAUCACUUGGGGUGAUGUUGCGGAGGCGCAUGGAAUUGGGGAGAGAAUUUAUGAUUUGAGGGGGAGUACCUCAACUUCAAGUUCACAGAGUAAGGGAAAACAGACAGCUACUUUGUCCCUAAUUGAUGAAGAAGAUGACGAGCAAUAUAAUAAUGAUAGUGGAAUACAAGAAUUUGACAAUCUUGUAGAAGAAUAG